UAACAAAAAAGGAAAACAAAUAGCAUUACGAUUCAACAGUCAAUAGUUCAUGGUUCAUGUGUGUGUAGCGUAGCUACUAGCUUGUCUUCUGAUUCAACGGCACUACGACAGAUAGAUAGGGAUACUAUUGGAUAGCGGAUCAAUAAAAAUGGCUUUAAGAGUUUAUUACGACUUAAUGUCACAGCCCUCUAGGGCUAUUUAUCUAUUUCUGAAGGUGGCAAAUAUACCUUUUGAAAGUUGUCUUGUGAAACUUCGUGAAGGAGAACAUUUCCAAGAUGAGUUUACCAAAGUCAAUCCAUUUAGGAAAGUUCCUGUUAUUGAUGACAAUGGAUUCAAACUAACUGAAAGUGUAGCAAUUCUUCGUUAUCUAGCUAGAAGCAGAAAUGUUGAGGAUAAUUGGUAUAAUGCUGAUUUGCAGCUUCAGGCAAAGGUGGAUGAAUACCUUGAAUGGCAACAUUUGAACACAAGGCUAUUCUGUGCAAUGUACUUCAGACACAAGUUUUUGGAACCAAUGAUGCUUCAAAAACCAGUUGAUGAAAAAAAAGUUGCUCGCUUUCAGAAAGAAAUGGAAAAGUGCUUGAGUGAAAUAGAAAAUAUUUGGUUAGAUAGUGGGAAAAAAAAUUUUAUCAUUGGGGAUAAAAUUUCCAUUGCUGAUCUUUUAGCCUGCUGUGAAUUGGAACAACCUGGGAUGGCUGGAUAUGAUGUCUUCUCCAAACAUCCUAUUAUAGGAGCAUACAGGGAACGUGUGCGGAAGGCAACGGAACCUCAUUAUGAAGAAGCCCAUAAAAUCGUUCGAAUUAUAACGAACAAAUUUAAGGGUGUUCCACAAGCUAACAAGCUGUAAGCAAAUUAUUAAGUUUGUUUCGUGCUCCUCUGUAUAGUUCUUAAGAAUUUGUAAGAGGUUUUCUACAUUUUCUAUUAUUAAAAGGAAGAGGUCCAAUAUAUUAAUAAAUAGGUA